AUGAAUGAAUCAAUAUUAAAUCAUUUGUUCCUUCCACAUUAUCUACCUUCUUCUGCUGACGAUGAUGAUUUAAUUAAAAACAAUCAUCAAUAUGAACACAUGAUAUUAGAAUACGUGAAAGAAUAUUUGAAUCUGUUCGAAUCAACAAAUGAUACGAAUAAGUUGCCAAUAUUAUCAGUGCUUAGUCAUUGCGUUAAAAAUUGGUCUGUCUUACAGAAUCCUGAAAACUUUACUGAAUCGAAUUUACAAUCCAUUAUUACGGAGUUAACUCCAGGAAGUUUUCUUCCACUGUAUUUCCAUGCUCAAAAUGCUGCAAUUCUAAUUGAAAUUGAAGAAAACAAUAUUCACCAACCAUUAGUUUCAUCCUGGCAAGUCUUAUUACCAACUGCAGAAAUUACUUCUUCUCUUGUUCCUCAUCUUUCUUGUUUUCCAGUGACAACAUACAGAUUAAAUGAUCGAUCUCAGUUGAGCACCCAAGCUCACUGUGAAUUGUUGGUGGAUUUUAUGCGCAACACCAUUGAAUAUUCCAAAUCUUAUAAAGCUUCUCGUCAAUUUAAUGAAAUCCGUAACGUACCGGAAUCACAUUAUGUAUGUCAAUGGUGGAUUCAACAGUUUCAAGGUAUUGUAAUCGAAAACAACGCCAAUACUUCUAUUCAAUUUAAGAAAAAACAUCGUGAUCAGAUUAGAUGGAAUAAUGCAUUGUUACCUUUUCGACGUUCAGGCCUAUGGAUGACUAUUAAAGUAGUCCUUCAUACUAUUUUAGCCAAAAAUUUGGGAAACGCCGGAACCGUUGUUUAUAAAUUAUUGAUCACGCAUUUUCUUGUAGAAGUUAUUGUGAAAACGUAUCGUACAAUACGCAUUGAUUUAUUAGUUCAUUGCAUUCGAAAAAUUGUACGACGAAUAAAUAAAAUUGAAAAUUUAUUAUUGUCUAUAAAAUCAAAUAAUGUUAGCAAAUGGGUACAGUGCAGGAAACAUGAAAUACAAAUGAAAAUUAAUCAAAUUCUUCCAAAUUCAGACUGGCAAAACUCCAUUAAAUCCGAUGAAGAAAAAAAAAAUCAACUAUUGAUGAAUAACUUCAAAUUGAAUGAUUUUGACAUUUACAAGCAUUCCUAUCAUGGAUUAAAAGCUUAUCUAAAUAAUCAAAACUUGGGUCAAACAUUUGGUGUUAUUUCAGGUUCUAAUAAUCGCGAUGAAUUCAGUUACGUUACUUCAAAUGAUAACAUGCCGUCGAUUAAAGAAUUGACAGAAAAAUUCAAGUAUACUAUUGCGAUAGCCUUGAAUUGCAUAGAAUUGUGGGUUGAAUUACAUUUAAACCAAUGGAUUAAUCGCCCUUCGGCAUCUCAAAACGAAAGAAAUCGUUUCGAAACUUUAUUACACUUUUUUGAAGAUUAUCAAAAUGCAGCACUAAAUCAUUAUUAUUUAGCUAAAGAUUCAACACAUCCGAUGGGUUAUAGUCGAUUUAUACUAACAUCUUUAACGAUUAUUCAUUGCAUGCAUCAAAAGUUAUGUAAUGAUCCAAAAUUUGAACGACUGAAACAACAUUCAAUUUAUAUUCCAAAUCUUAUGAAACUGUUCAAAUUUUUAGUCUUACCCAAUCGACAAGAUAUGAAUCGAGUUCGUGAUCUAUACGAUUAUUUCCAUGAAUUUAGUAAUAAAUCUUAUCCCGAUCUUUUAACAAAUAUAGACUGUGCCAAUGCAUUUGGUGUAUAUUAUGCCUCCCAGUCAGCGAAGAUGAAUGAUAGUAUAAAGCAAAUUCGAGCUCAGGCUGAAUUGGAUAAGCAACGGAAAUUACAAGAAGUCAAAGAGGAGAAAGAAAAAUAUACACGUCUUAUGGAUUCAAUUAAAAAUCGUUCUUGUGCAUGUAGAUAUGAAUACUAUGGUUAUCGACGGUAUUUUCAUCAAUGUGAAAAAUGUAGAAUUCAGAAGGAAGCUGACAGUAUUAAAGUGCAAAUUUACGAAUGUCCAUUACCAUCCGAACCUGAACGCGCGUACGCCGUUAUUUUCGAACUGCAAAUGCCUAUUGAAAUUCGGAGUUAUCGUGAUAUCAUCUGGCAAUUUAUCAAUCGUCCAGAACCGCGUCCACCACAUAACAUGUAUGAAUGGUUACAUGUUCCUCCUCAUAAAGAUAAGUUACAACCAUUCUACAUCGAUCCAAAUAACUGUAAUGUAAAACUAGUGUCGUCCAAAAAGUCUGUAACGCAAAGUCAUUAUUCCUAUCCACCAUCCAUUGCAACUGCAUCAAUCAAUGAGUUUUUGUACGAGAAUAGCUUGACGGUUCAAAUCUCGCCAACAAAACCGAUGGAAUUCAAUGAUGAAUGUCGCAUAUUAACACCUCAACUUGAUGAUUCAGAUUACAAAAAAUUGCAAUUUACGAUAAAUGACACACAAUUUGUACAGAAUGAUGUCAUUGCUAAACUAUGUGAGUGCCCGCCACGUCUAAAACCUACGCAAUUUGUAGAAUUUGGUUCAUUUCGAUCAGGUCAUCGUUUACAAUGGUGGAACUUAUUAGCAGUGCUUGAAAUGGAUUCCCUAUCGAUUGCUGAAGAAAGUGUAGCAGUUCUAAUUCAACAUUCAAUAUUGCAAUAUGGACCACUGGUAAGCGACCGAAGUUCACUCUGUGAUUCUUGGUGUUCGGAAACCCAUGAACAGUUAUUAGAAGAUCAUUUUGUCGAUGAACUGAUUACAAGAUUAGAUCAUCGUUUAAAUGAUUGCGAAUUAAAUUGGCAAAACGAAUUAGUAUUAGUAGUAAUUAUAAUGAUUACAAUGAGAAUAUUAACAAUUUGUAAUGCCACACGAGAACAUGAGGUUGCUAAUUUAGCAAUAAAAUGUCGUAGAAUUGGUGAAAAAUGGAUUGACCUUAUUUCAGAGACUAAUCAAUCUAUAUAUUCUUCAGCUUUUAAUGAAACGGAAAACCUCCGUUUUAAAAUGGUAACUAUAGGUAUUUCAUGUAUAUUGACAUUUUCAACUCAUUCAGAUCGAAUACACUGUUUAUUAUCAACGAAUGAACAUGUCCUGUCCUUACUGAAAGCGGCAACUACUACUCAUGAUAAUAUAAUUUUAAACAAGAAUCAAACUAAUACGAGUAGGUUUUUGAGAAAUCUUAUGAGAUUUAGCGAACGUGUUUUAAUAACGGUACAGCCAACAAUUGCCGAAUUUCUUCAAAAAACUUCAUAUCAAAGUCUAAAUAAUUUUGCUGCGAUCUAUUGGGCAGUCAUUAGAAGCAAAGGCACUAUGAAUGGACAAUGGCAAAAACGAACCAAAUAUGUUUAUGAUGGUUGGUAUGAUUGUCAAUAUGAAUCAAGAUAUAUAUCAAUUGAUUGUGUCCAAGGAAGGUUUUUAGUCGAUAACAUGACCAUAGGAUUUUUACCUGAAAACAUUACAACUAAUGAAUUAUUUCUACGCGUAUUUGGUAAUCAUAUUUUUGAAGUACAAAUGGCUGAAUCACCUAAAACUUAUAUUACUAAACAUUCGUAUCAUGAUGAUCGAAAAGUUCAAUAUGAAUUUCAUCUGAAUGAACAAAUCAAGCACUUAAUAAUUACUGAACGACAUUUAAUGACAAAUGAGACAUUUCAAUUGAUUCCCCAUUGUCAUUUCCAGACAGAACUGCCCGAUACUUUCGUCUUCAGAUACAGUCAUUGGCUCAACACAAGAAGCCAAAUAGUCGAAUUUCGACCUAUUCAUUUUAAAGAAGCUGAUUUUUUAGAUUAUAAACCUUAUGUGCUAUCAUUAGAAACGGGAUAUAUUAUUACUACUGAUAAAAAUAAUAAACAAAAAUUAGUUAAUCAAUCAUCGACAUUGUUUGAAACUUUAUUUACUCAAUACUUUGUACGUUUAGAUAACAAGCCUUACGUUUAUAUGAUGGGCGAACACAGUUCUCAAUCUAAUAUUAUUAUUCAUAUCCAUUUAUCUCGUUUAGGAAUUGCUUUUAAAUAUGAUGCUACAACGAAUAUCAUAACGUCUCGUGAAUAUUCAGAUAUGUGCAUCGAUCGAUAUCAAUGGUUAGGUACAUUAACAGGUUUAACAUUUGGUCUUCUUUUAUCACCAUUACCAGUCAAUCAUUACAGAUUGGAUCAUUAUCCAUAUAAAAAAUUGAUCGUACCUUUUGGCACAAUUCAAGGUAAAAGAUAUAAGUAUACUAAUCAUCAAACUGUUACAAUAGAUCGAUCAUCUGUAAAAUCUCAACGAUAUUUUGUUUUUAUUCUAAAUGAUCGUUUAAAAAUACUUCAAUCGACAGAUAGUCCUACCGGAUGGCUUUAUUUAGCAUUGCUACAUGCCAUGACGUCUCAUCCUUUACCAGAUCACUACACUGGAAUGACUGGAAUGGAACGAGCCUUUCAAUUAUUAUAUUCAGCUGGCUGUUGGUCAGAUCAACCAUUUGAUGAAAUUUCUUUAGAUAUUCUUGGGCAAAUUGCAUCUAUUUCACCCAAAGCCAACUAUUAUCCCGAGCAUCUCACUUGUAUGAAAAAAAUAGACUGGAAUUCCAAUGGUAUACCCUAUUCGAUGCAACAUUUCGGAUAUUAUUUAAUAGCAAAACAAUUAAUCAAUAGUAGCCAACUAUUCAAUUUUAUGUAUCCGUCAUCAACGACAAAUAAGAUGCCGGCGUUGUUUCAAGGGAAAAUGUAUAAUGAAAUGUUAUUGAGAAAACUAUAUUGGGACUAUCGAGAUUCAUACAAUCCUACCGCUAGAUUAUCUGCACAGAUGGAAGCUGAUAUCUUGUGUACUAAGUCAGCGGCAAAAUAUUGUUCGGCCUUAGAACAUUGCUCUCAUAACAUUAACUACAGUGUCAUUGAUCUUGUGGAUGACCUAUAUAAUGAGGGAAAUGUUGACCUGAGAGAUUGUUCGCAGCAACAUUGGUUACCAUUGUCUAAAUGGUUCAACGAAGAGAAUCAAUUGAAAAACAUUUGGGUCGGCUUAUUAAAAUGGGUCGACCGUAUUAAAAGAGAAGCCGCUGGGAACUAUACAGAUGACAUAAAACGAUUCGAAGGAUUAGUAAAAUUUCUUCAUUAUAUUUCUGAUAAAGGUCAAAUCAAACCAUAUUAUUUGCAAAUGUUAAAGACAGCAUUGAAGGCUCCUACCGUAUCGUUAACGUCCAUUACAUUUCCUCGUUUUAUUUCUUAUAUGAACAUCCAAGAAGUUUCAAUUGUAAAGACGAGUAUCCCAAGUGGAAAACGCUGUAAUCGAUGUCAAAAUACUCUAAUUAUACCAGAAGUUGAAAGAUGUUGGAGAGAAAAUUGUGAAUAUCCAAAUAUUGAUGACAUAGCAACAUCUACUGAAAAAGAUACCAUCAAUAUAUUAUUGAAUUGUUGGCGAUCUAACAAAAAUCUUCGAUUAUUUUUAAAUACUGUUCAAACUCUUAUUUGUUCUGUCCCAAUAGAAAAAUUUGAUAUCAGAGUAUCUUAUAAUCCUCAACAGUUUUUACUGGAGUCAUUAAAAGAUCAUUACCAAAUACGAAUCAAAAUUGUAGAUAAAUCAAUCGACCCUACACUCUUACGAAUCGCAGAACAAAAAUUUCAUCAUGUUAAUUCAGAUAAUUUCAAUAAAUCAACUAGAUGUAUUCAAACAAAUCAUCAAAAAAAAACAUUUCCAGAGGGAAUUUUUCCUUCUACCAACAAUCAAAAAAAUCCUCCAAGUGAAAUUACUAAUUAUUUUAAAAAACAAUUGUCUGAAAGUUGGGAAAAACUACUAUUGGACAGUGAAUACGAAAAAGAAUAUCCUUCUAUUGAAAAAAUGACUCAACAUCUCAAUUUAUUUCGAGAUGCAACCACAAAUUUAUGGAAUGAGUUAACCAAAUCUAUUACAGUAUUCAAUGAAAAAUUAUUUGAAACAGGUCUAGCUUUACGAAUCACACCAACAACUCUCAUACCUCUACUUCAAGAAACAGAUUCAAAUCUGAAAAAAUCUGUCUCAUUUGAAUUCACUAAGAAUCAAUGCACACUACUCGGUGGUGUUAUUGUCAAUUGGACAUUAGAACAACAAAUGGAACGAAGUUUACACUUUGCCAUUCAUGGAAAAGAUGAAGAUUUUAAAAAAGAAAUAUCGCAUAUACCACAUACAAAUUGGAAACCAUGUGAACAUAUUUCUUGGUUAAUCUUAGAAUUAGAAAUGAAUAUAACUAUUCGUGAAAUACAAAUAAAUGUAGCCAAUCAUAUGAUACAACCAAAUAUGACAACAGAUGAUUCAACAGCAAAAAAUAUAGUGAUGCAAAUGAAUAUGGGUGAAGGAAAAACAUCUGUUAUUUUACCUAUGUUAGCUGUUAAUUUAUCUUCAGCUAAUUCCACUUUGGUUCGUAUUAUAGUACUUAAAUCAUUAUUUCCAACCAAUUAUCAAUCAUUACGAUAUAAAUUAGGUGGUUUACUCAAUCGACGUAUUUUUCCAUUUGCAUGCCGUCGUGAUAUGGAUUUUAAUGAUCAAACAAUCAAGCAGAUUUGCAAACGUUUUGAACAAGGAUUACAUAAUGGUGAUAUUAUAUUAACUUCACCAGAAGAUAUUCUUUCAUUUGAUUUACUAACUAUUGAUAAAUGUCGACGAAAUGACUUCGAUGUUGGUCGUUCUAUGUUAACAAUUCAACGAUGGUUAAAAACCUAUGUUCGUGAUGUAUUAGAUGAAUCUGAUGAAAUUUUACACGUUAAAUAUCAAUUAAUUUAUACUGUUGGUGGUCAACAACAAGUUGAUGGAGGUGAAGAAAGAUGGAAAACCAUUCAAUCCAUACUUAGCUUAGUUAAAAAAUAUGCUGAAUAUAUAUCAAACAUUUUUCAGAAAGAAACGUGUUAUAAAUCGCCUGAAAGAAAAAGUGCUUUUCCUCAGUUUCGUUUACAAUCCCAUGAACCAUUUCAAUCGCUCUGUCAACAAAUUGCAAAUGAUUGGAUCGAUAGCAGAAACUAUCGUUAUGUAGAUAAACCGAUUAUUUCAUCAUUUAUUUUAGACACAUAUUCAUCAAUUGAAUGUCUCGUUGAUAAAUUCCCACUUCUUGAUAUUCAAUUAUUUCUUAUUAUUCGUGGUUUAUUAUCAUUGGAAGUUUUGUUAGUUGCUUUUAAAAAGCGAUAUCGAGUUAAUUAUGGUGUUAAUCUCAGUCUUACUUUUAAUCGUUUAAUGGCUGUACCAUUUCGUGCCAAAGAUGUUGUUGCUGAUAGAACUGAAUUUGGUCAUCCAGAUGUUGCUUUAGUAUUAACACAUCUUUCAUAUUACUAUUCAGGUUUAAAUAAUUUACAAUUGUCUCAAUGUUUCAAUCGUUUAUAUGAAGAAGAAACGAAUCCUGCAUCGAUUUAUGAUCAAUGGAUUCUAUAUGAAGAUGCAAAUGACAUACCCACUUGUAUUAAACAAUGGAAUGGAGUUAAUUUAAAAGAUUAUAAACAACGAACUCUUUAUCUGCUUCCUAUUUUUCGAUAUAAUAUAUUAGUGAUUAAUUAUUUUCUAAAUUAUUUUGUAUUUCCCCGAGAAGCAAAACAAUUUCCAAAUAAAUUAGUUUCUUCUGCUUGGGAUUUAUCGUCAUCAUUACGAUCAAAAAUUAUCACUGGAUUUAGUGGAACUAAUGAUACGCAAUUAUUACUUCCUAUUCAUGUUCGUCAAUAUGAUUUACCAGAACUUCAAAAAACAGAUGCAAUUGUGGUUAAUAAUAUAUUACAACCCGAAAAUGAGACUUAUCAAUUUCUGGUAAUUAAUGCAACAUCAGAUAAUAUUUUAAAACGAAUUAUCGACUACAAAGAGGUAAAUGUUAUUUUAGAUGUUGGAGCAUUAUUCAUCGAUGAAACUAAUCGAGAAAUUGCUAUUAAAUGGUUAAAUCUAUCUCAUAAGAAUCGAAUCGAUUAUGUUAUUUAUUUUGACAGUAAUUCAAUAUUUGUUUGUGAUCGUCAAGGUCAUCAUUGCCCAUUUGUAACAUCACCUGCGAGUGAACGAUUGGAUCAUUGCAUAUUUUAUUUAGAUGAAAUUCAUACUCGAGGAACUGAUUUCAAAUUUCCGGUAGGAUUUAAAGCCGCUGUAACAUUAGGAAAUGGUUUAACAAAAGAUCGUUUUGUUCAAGCAUGUAUGAGAAUGAGAAAAUUAGGACAUGGUCAUUCAUUAACAUUCUGGAGUUCACAUGAAGUUGAUCAACAAAUUAAAACAUUGAAAAACAAUUCACUUAUUAUCGAAAGCAAAAGAAAAAAAAGCGAUGGAUUCAUCAAUUUGAUUGACAUCCUUCGAUGGGUCUAUGACAAUACUCAAAAAGCAACUUGGGAUGGAUUACAUCAUUGGGCUGCUCAAAGUUUAAGUUUUCAACGAAAAAUAUCUGCAUUUCAACAUAUUCGAUGGAAUGAUCAACAGCAACUCUUUACCGAUACGAUCAUGGCAGAAUUGGCUAAAGAAUGUUUAGAACCUGAAAUUAUUGAAUUGAAACGUAUGUAUGGUGCUUCGAAAAAAUUUCAAACCGUGUUCGAAAUACAUCAUGCUCGAUAUCAACAUUUUACUCAUCACUUAGAUAAACAAAUUCAAGAUGUCGUGUUAAAACGACUAAAAGAUUACGGUGGAACACAACAACGUUUAUCACAAUUGCUAGAUGAAGAACAACAAAGAGAAUUAGAACAAGAGUUAGAAGAAGAACGUCAGUUAGAACGUCCUUCACCUGCCAUUCCAUGUGAACCUAUUCUACAUGAGGAAAUUAAACGUUUGUGCGAUAUGCAUAGUGAUAUUAUGAAUUUAAAUCAAUAUCCUAAUGUAUUUCGUCCGUUGCCCUAUGCUUUCACAGAUACAACAUUUUUUAAUGAUAUCCAAUCUGAGCAUUGGCACACAAAUCUUUGGAUUUCCACUGAAUUUCAACGUGUUAUUAAGACUAAAGGAGAAUCAUUAAAUCCAUUUUUACGUCCUCCACGAUGGAUUCUAGUAUACAGAAAUCAACACUUAAUUUUUGUCAGUGCUCUUGAAGCUAAUUGGUUGUUAGGUCGUUUAAACUUUCUUUAUCAUGAACGACAAUUCAACAGCCCAUCGAUGACUACAUUACGUCCACUAGUACCUCGUAUUAAACGAAUUCAAUCAAUCUUUGUGAAUACUCCAGCUCUUACAAUUCCUCCGUUACUUGGACAUGCCAAUGACGCUGUCCCUUUCCUCAUACCACUUGAAUGGUUGGUUCAGUUAUUUAUCUUCAAUGGUACUCUUUAUUUUGAAACGGUUGAUGAACAAACAGUGUAUUGUCAAUGUUUAAGUUUAUGUCCCAAACCUCGAAUGAAAGAAGAAGAAGAAGCAUUUGAAAAAGGUUGGAUUGCUGUCGAUGGCUUUGUUAGUAAUGCAAAACAUCGUCAUCAUCUGAAAAUGUAUAAAGUUCGAUUUCUUAACAAUCUACUACCAUGUGUAAAGCAAAUCAUUGAAAAUCGAAGUAACUUGCAUGCACCAAUAUUAUCACAUACUGGUAGUAUUAUUCUCAAUUCACUCAAACGUAUUUGA